AUGGAUUUUGCAGAAAACCCGUGGGAGGACGUUUGCGUGGGGGAAAGGGAAGAACAGGAAACAUGGGAAGGGAUAAGCGAGAAAGGCGAGAGCGGGUCCCCGGGCGGAACAGACGACAACGCUGCCAAUGAGAGUGAUCAGGCCCACGAAGACGAUUUUGGCGAUUUUGGCGAGUUCGAGGAAGUGAAAGUCGACCGACCCGAGGUGGACUACAGCUGUCUGUCGCGGCUGGGACGUGCGACGUGCGACGACGCGACGAUGAGUUUUGAAGGAGAGUGGACGGGCAAGUAUUUAAGGCUUGUUGCUGCGGAGCGACAGUGGCAGCAACAGCACCAGCACAAAAGUUACCGGGGCCGCGCGGCACAUUUGGAGACAGAAACUCACCGCCGAGCAGAGGCUGUGGCGGCGCUGUGGACGAGCGUGGAGAAGCGAGUGGCGACAAAGGCGGGCGUGACGAAUCUUUUCAGCUGGUCGAGCACCAGGGAGACUGCAAAGCCGGCUAAGAAGACACAGCAGAUCAACUCCAAGCUGCUGCGCACGGCAGCCAUGGAAAGCCGCACCAUAAUAGACCGCCGACUGGAAGCGCAGCGGCAGCAGAAACAGAAGCUGGAGAAGGAGCGCCGCGAGCGAGAGAAACGGAUCCGGGAGGAGCGGCUGCGCAAAGAGCAGGAGGCUCUCAAGUACCGGUCGGUGGCUGCUGUGCCACAGAAAAAGGAGAGGACGCUGUUUGGCCGGCUGUUUGGGGAGAAGAGCAAAAUUGCCGCAGACAACCUUUCACACGACAAGAUUGUGCAGCCGGCGCCGACGGCCGAGGACGCCGACCUAAUCAGUGAGAUGAAGGAACAGCUGCAGCGGCGUGAGGAUAGCGACGAGGAGGGCGGGGAAGUCGAUUACGGCGAGAUAUGCGCAGGUGCAGCCGACAGCUCAAGUCUGCAGGACAUAAUAGGGCAGGAAGAGGAGGGCUCAGACACGCAUUCGAAUCUCAACGAGAAUUUCGGCGAGUUCCACACAACCAUGCCGUUGGAAAACUCAAGCUCCGUCCAGUCCAACACGAGCCCACUCGCAAUUCCGGAAAAUCUCAUCGACCUGUAA